UCUUACACAAUCAACGCCCUCGUGGUUGAACUUCAGUCAGUUCAGUUCUGCUCUCCCUUACCGGUGAAGAUCGUGAUCAGAAGAUUCACAAUAUCCCUCAAGUCUGCGACGGCCAAUCAUUGUGAUUUACUUGUCAUUCUAGUCCCCUGAUCCCAACCAUCUAGAAAUGGCAUCUGCUGUAGCACAGUCAGCUUUAGCAUCAGCUAAGCGAUUGGUUCCUCUCUUUGAUCGAGUUCUCAUUCAAAGAGCAGAGGCUGUCACUAAGACCAAGGGGGGUAUUGUUAUUCCUGAGAAGGCACAGGGUAAAGUACUCACUGGUACAGUUGUAGCUGUUGGCCCAGGCAGCAGAAAUAGCGAUGGGCAGCAUGUCCCAGUCUCUGUUAAAGUUGGUGAUCAGGUUCUUCUACCAGAGUAUGGUGGCACUAAGGUUGAGCUAUCUGAAAACAAAGAGUUCCAGCUAUUCAGAGAAUCUGACAUUCUUGCUAAAAUCGAGUCGUGAAUAAGCCACCCAUGUGUAUCAUUACCAUACCCCGAGUUCAUCUCAUUGUAGUUUUAAAAUUCAGUGAGUGGCCAGCUGGUUUCCGAAAACACUAUUGCGGGUUGGAAGCACCGUUUCUGGUCAAAGUUGCAUUUUCCUUGUGAUGUGAUGUGAAUAAGUUUUGUAUAUUGUUGCCAUAGUUCAGAGGAUAGUUGUCCCCUACAGUUUUACCAUCCUGUGUGAUGAAUGUUGAACUUUUAGAAUGAAUGUACUGAUGAAUGAUGUUCAAAUAUUAUCUAAUAAAUCUUGAUUUGAAUAAAA